AUGUUUGCUCAAACGCCACAUAAUCAGUUUCAACAACCGUUACAAACUGACGGGACUAUUAGUAUACAAGCACCACCUCAACAACAACAACAACAGCAGCAGCAGCAGCAGCAUCAAGUGCAGCAAUUCCAACGACAACUAAAUAAUUCACAACAAUUACAAGGAAAUGGAAAUGGGAUUCCACAGCAGAAACUGAACAAAACACCGGCCCAGCAGCUUUUGCGACAAUCAAACAGCAAUCCAGUUCAUCAGAUGGAAAUAAACAAUGACAAUGUCCCCAACACCUCUCGACCUGGAUUACAACGAAACACAAACUACAAUGGAAGCACAGCUAGUCUACAAUCCGUUCCAAUGAAUGCACAGAACUUGCAACCGAACGGUGCGAUUUUGAAUGGAAUGCCCGUCCCUGCAACACGAACCGUAUCACAGCAGGUUCCUCCUGCGCAAACAAGUUCAGGUAGCAACUCACAGGGUCAUACACCGGCUAUGGGGAAUACCCUGUCACCAGUUAUCAACCAGUCAAACAACCAGAAGGCUCUGGGGAAGGACGCUGCCUCUAGUCGAACAUUAAACCAACAACAAGGAAACCAAGCAAAGGUUAAGCAGACACCAGGAGGCAUAAUGUUUCAACAACCCGGACCCCAGGCACCAUUUCAACCACAGUUUAACCUGGGUGGCGGUGAUGGAAAUUCAGCUUUUGUGCUGGCUUCUCAAAGACAAUUCCCGCAAGGUCAGGGUCAGCAACAGCAGCAGCCAGUUUUAACUUCUACUGAACAAAUGCAGCAAGAAUUUAAUGCACGCAUAAUUAAAAGAAACUUGGGAAAUGCUGCAACCAUGCGUGUGCUUGACUUGAUUGAUUUUUUGAGUAAUGAGGCUCAUGAUAACCUAAGGAGUGUUGAAUUUUGGCAACGAAUCACGCCAGCCUACUUUUUACCCAAUUCAACUUUGAGAUUAAAUUUUUCCAAGUCAAUAACAAGCGAGUUUGACAGAACGUUGAGUGAAGUAACUGGAUUAAAUUUUGGGUUUUUAAAGUUGGCUGGUAAAGGAGUAAAUGAUUCUAGUCCAGCCAACCACUUUGAACUCAACACAACUACGGCACCUAGGUUUUUUUCCCAAUGUGUAGCGAAUUCAGAAUUUUCAAGGUUUUCCAUAUUUCUACCAGGGAUGAAAUUCCAAGUACUAAAUAAUGGAUCAAUUAUAAUUGUGUCAAAACUUGAAAUCAACCUAAUGUACGAAGAUAAUUCUAUAUCGAAACUAAAUGGAAAUGUCAAAGUUCUAAUGAGUCGAGACUUGCGCAUUGAAUGGAUAGAUGUGAAUUGCAUCACCUACGAAAGCUUAAUCAAUUUGAAUUUUUUGAGCAAACUGCCAAUGAAAAGCAAGUCGGUGAAUGACGUCUAUCGUGAUUCCCAAACCGUGUAUAAUACUUCUACUUUUGGAUUGGGUAAAUCCAAUACUAGACACUUGCAACUUGCAGAUAUUUUGACCCACAUGAAGCAAUUAAUGGAUUUCAGUCAAUUAAAUAAUAUCAAGUCUCCUCAAAGAGCGUUGGAACUUCUCCUAACCACGCCUCAAGCAACAAUACCGACAAAUUUUCAAAUGGCUAGAGGAACAUUUGUGAAUGGGUUUGGUGCUCAGCCGCAACAACAACAAUCACUUCAAUUUCAAAACCAAAUGGCUUCUGCUCGAAACAACUUUCAGUCAUCAUCAACAACAAUGCAGGGCAAGUCGCCUCUCCCCCUGCAACAGCAGUUGCAAAAUCCACAAGCUCAGAAUAUGAAUCCAAAUUCACAGCAGCAGCAGCAGCGAAAUACGACAAACAACUCCGCAAUAAAGAAAGAGGCAGAUGUGUCCUCACCGUCGCCAAAAACAGUCCCCGAUGAUGAGCCUAAGAAGAGAAGGAAACCUAGCGUGGGAGGUAGCUCGUUGAAUACAGGAGCUAAUAAGAAAAGAAAAUGA